CCAGCAGCCGCUCACACUGAGAUCUUUGUCACAAACUGUUGGAUUUCCAGCAGAAAGAUGGAGACACUGCUCGCACUCUGGAUCGCUCUCAGCGUCGCCGCCUCAGUGUCUUCUCACGAGUUCCAUGACCCAACAACCACCUCACCAUCAUUUAACAGCAAUGAUGACAUUUUUGGCAACGCCACUGACCUCACAUCAACAUCACCUGCACCUGCCACAGCCACCCCAUCUGAUCCUGACCUCAUCAUGUUCAACAACAGCUGUAACCACACAGAGGAGGCUUACGUCGACAUGCACGACAUGCAUGACAUGCAUGACAUGCACGACAUGCACGAGGUGCACGACAUGCACGAGGUGCACAACAUGCAUGAUGAAAACGCCUCCGAAAACACUGCCAGUGAAACAAUCUCAAUACAAAACAUAACAACAAUCCACUAUAGCGUGAUAAAAACUUUUCCAAACGGCACUGAACACAUAACAAACAGAACCACUGUCAUCUCGUUGACGCCAGACAUCAUAAACAAUGAAACGGUUUUCUUCGGCGACAACGCUCCCAUACACUCUUCUUCUUCAUCUUCAUCCGUCAUGACAAACACAGACAACAGCGCAAACCAUGAAACAGUUUCCUCCAACAACAACGUUCGCGUCGACUCUUCAUCUUCAUCCAGCGCAUCAAACACCGGAAAUAUCGCAAACCACGAAAUAUUUUCCUUCAGCAACAACACUCACGUCCACUUUUCGUCUUCAUCGUCAUCCAGUGCGUCAAACACUGAAAACAACGCACACCACGGAACAGUUUCCUUCAGCAACAGCAAUCACGUCCAGUCUUCGUCUUCAUCUUCAUCCAGCGCGUCAAACACCGAAAACAUCGCAAACCACGGAAUAGUUUCCUUCAGCAACAGCAAUCACGUCCAGUCUUCAUCUUCAUCCAGCGCGUCAAACACCGAAAACAUCGCAAACCACGAAACGGUUUCCUUAAGCAACAGCAAUCACGUCCAGUCUUCAUCUUCAUCCAGCGCGUCAAACACCGAAAACAUCGCAAACCACGGAACAGUUUCCUUCAGCAGCAACAACAAUAACGUCCAGUCUUCAUCUUCAUCUGACGCGUCAAACACCGAAAACAUCGCAAACCACGAAACAGUUUCCUUCAGCAACAACAAUCACGUCCAGUCUUCGUCUUCAUCUUCAUCUGACGCGUCAAACACCGAAAACAUCGCAAACCACGAAACAGUUUCCUUCAGCAACAACAAUCACGUCCAGUCUUCAUCUUCAUCUUCAUCCAGCGCGUCAAACACUGAUAACACCAGACUCAAUGGAGAAGUUACCCUUAGCAACAACACUAACAAUGUCCACUCUAUAACCACUGUAUCAAACACCAACAACACCGGAAACACUGCACAUGAUGACACAGCUCCCCCCAGCAACACCGCUCACAACAACUCUACAUCCACUGCCUCAAACACCGGAACAGUUUCCACCAGCGACAGCACUGACGACCACUCUUCAUCCACCUCCUCAAACACUGAAAACACACCACAUGAUGAAACAGCUCCCACCAGCAACACCGCUCACAACAACUCUACAUCCACUGCCUCAAAUACCGAAACAGUUUCCACCAGCAACAACACUAACGUCCACUCUUCAUCCACCUCCUCAAACACUGAAAACACCUCAAACCAUGCAACAGCUUCCCCCGGGACCGAGACUCACAACUCUACAUCCACUGGAACGACGUCUAAUGAUACCACGGCAACAGGAAGUGGUGCCACAACAGCCAGCGGCACACCAGGUUCCACAAAUAACACAACCACGUCGCAGAGUGCGACCUCAGCCCGCAGCGGCGUACCUGGGUGGGCGAUCGCUCUGCUGGUCCUAGCUGCUGUGGCUCUGCUGCUGCUGUUCCUGCUGCUCUGCGGACUGCUGGUUUGGUGCUGCUGCUUCAGGAAGCGCCACAAAGAAAGUCCCUACGACCACAUGGCCAGCAGAGACGACAUCCCUCUGUACACCACACAUGGCCGCUUCGAUGGUCCCAUUGGAAAACCGUACGAUCAACGCAUGAAUACCAGGACGGCGACAUACACGGUCAACGCAUAGUGGCGGAGACGAGACGACCGACACGUGACAAAAAUCACAUCAAACACUUUAACACAGAACACUUUCUUUACGGUUUUCGGGUUUUUUUUAUUUGUAACCUUGUUUCAUUUUAAUAAACGUGUGACUCAGUUAUAAUUCAGCUCAUAGCUGCUUUUAUUUAUUGUCUGUGAAGC